GCUCAGCCCAGAGGAGCAGCCACACAGAAAAAAAGUUUAAAUCAACUCAGCGCUGAAAAGGGAGGAGGGAGAGAGGAGAAGAAGGGGGGGGGGAGAAAACGCCCUGGAAACUUGGUUGAUCAAGAAAUAGGAAAAGAGUGACAGAAUCCUAACAGACUGCAAAGUUGUGACUGGAAGAAGUGCUUUCCUUGGGCUGGGUAGAAGGGGACACGACACGUUUCCAAGGAUGCUCAAGCUGGUGUGAGGCUUCUCGGGCGCAAAGACUGCGCACAGAAGCGAAGAAUUCAAGAAAACCACAGCAUCAAACUGAAGGCCUCGGCCUUGCUUGAGCAAUCCAAGGAAAACCAAGAGAGUGUUUCUAACACACCAGGGCUUAAAUAGAGGAAAGCAAAAACAAGAUGGCUGAAGAGGAGGAAACCAGAGAGGUGCUCUUUCCAGAUUGGGAGGGUCCAGACAAAACUGGCUUGACCAUUGAACAGACAAGUGGAGGAGAGCUCUUUGUCAAGGAGGUCAAAGGAGAGUCACCUGCAGCACGGUCUGGAAAAGUAUAUGAAGGUGACCAGAUUGUGGGCGCCACUGUCUACUUUGAUAACAUGAGCUCGGAAGAAACAGCUGAGCUACUGAAGACGUUGAACCGACACAAGGUUGGACUGAAACUACAAAACAAAUCCCCUUGCUGCUCACCCGUGAGCACGCCAUGUCGUUCACCAAUCGGCACCCUGACAUGGGAAGGGAAGACCCGGUUUGGAGGUUCCAGUCCAGACAUCAUCCUUAGUGGGGAGGAUGAGGACUAUAAGAGAAUAUACACAAAAAAGAUUAAACCAAGGCUGAAGUCUGAAGACCUUGCAGAGGGAGUGGAUGUUCGCACAGAGCGGCAUAGCAGCACAAGCAGCGAUGGCAGCACAAUUACUACCAUCACCCGCCGCAUCACUACCUACACCGUGGAUAUGCCGGGUGGCAUAAGUGAGCAACUUGAACUGUCAAGCCCAGAGUUUAAGGGGCUACAACAAGAAUCCGGAGAUGGCACUUCUUACAUCAGAAUCUCACAUGGCAGCCCUUCAGGUAACGUGAAACCAGAAGAGGGAGUUUUUGAGUCAAGCAAUGUAUCUGUCAGUGGGCCACAAGUCAGCUCCACAGAGACACGCUGGAGCAGUGGGGGGGUUCAGAUUAAAACAACUACAAGAGAGGUAGAAAGAGACAGAGGUCCAGGUCUUGGAUUUAAAGGGUCUAACUUUGGACCAACAGGGGCUAAAGGCCAGGGAGACUUUGAGAUCUUAAGAGGGAGUGGAGAACAAGGUGACAGAAAUAUUCAGUUGUCAGGAACAAGCAAGACACUAAGAGACAGCACAAACACUGGUAGUAAGUAUGUUACAAUAGGAGGAUUGGUAGGUGGAGAGGUAACCUCAACUGAUGAGAACGGAGGGUCAAUUAGUAUGUCCUUACCAGGAAAAAGCAUGCAGAUUUUGACGUCAUCCAUAGAUAAAACCCAAGAGGGAAGUGCUGACGCCAGUUCUGUUGAAAGGACAAAGGUGAAGGUAUCUGAGGAAAAGGGAUCAGGCAGUAUUGAUCUUCCAAAUGUCAGACUUGGUGGAGGUUCCAUAAGUAGUGAUGCUGAAUUGAGAGGUGGCAGGAUAGGAGGAACAACAACAGGAAUAACAGUAGGCAAUGUUACCUCAGGAUAUUCCUCAAGGCCAGGCAAGAUUUCAGUGGCAGGUGUGGAUGUCAACCUUACAGGUUCAAAGUUGAAAGGUGAGGUUGAUGUCAACUUGCCAAGCACAAAGGGAGGAAUAAAAUCAUCUAGAAUAGACACUGAAGUCCCAGGCUAUGAAUAUGAAGAAGUGCGAAAACCUGAAGCAGACAUCAGAGGGAUAGAUACGCAGAUCAGAGGUCCAAGUUCUAACAUUGAAGGGCCAGUUGUCAGUGUAAGACUUUCAGAGGCUGACUUCAAAGCAUCCGAAAUCAACUCUAGCAUUCAAACCAAUGUACCAAAGAGUGAUAGCAAAUACAAAGUGGAAGUGUCAAAGGUAAAAAUUCCAUCUUUAUCUGGGCCAGAUACAGAUUUGAACCUGAAGGGUUCCAAGGCAGAGGGAGGGAUUGAUGUAGCAGUGCUAAAGCCUGAGGGAGAACUAAAGGCACCCAAAAUAGACAUUAAAGGCCCAGCUAUAAACAUUGAGGGGGAAGAAGGAGAUUUAAAAAUGCCUCAAAUAAAGAUACGAUCAUAUGGGGCCAAGGGACCAAGAGUUGACAUAAAAGCACCUAAGGCUGGCAUUGAAGCACCAGAGGUUGAUGGUGAAAGAGUGAAAUUCAAGAUGCCAUCCAAAACAGGACCCACAAUGCCAGAAUCAGACAUCAGCCUGAAAGGAAGUAAGGUGAAGGUAGAAAUGGAUGUGUCAGUUCCAAAAAUUGAGAGACACACAACAAAACCUGAAGUUGAGACAAACAUUAAUGUGAAAGCACCUGGUGUUGAUAUUCAUAGGGCAGAUGUUGACACUGAAGGACCAAAUGCAACACUCAAAGAAGCCAAAUUCAACAUACCAACCAUAUCAGGAACAAAAAUCUCCAUGCCAAGUGUGGAUUUCAGUCAGAGAGGACCGGAAAUCAAAGGGGACGUGGAUGUGUCAGCUCCAAAGAUAGAGGGAGAUAUUAAAAUGCCUGGAGUUGAUAUUAAAGGGCCAAAGAGUGGAUUUGGUAUAAAAACUCCAAAAAUGGAGGGUCCAGAUAUAAAACUUCCCAAGACUAAUAUUGAUGUUAAGGCACCUGAAUUUGACAUUAAAGGUCCAGGGUUUGAUAUUGAAGGCCCUGAGGCAAAAAUCACAGGACCAGAAUUUAAACUACCAUCAACAUCAGCACCCAAGCUGCCAGAUGUGGAAAUGAGUCUGGAAGGGCCCAGGAUAACGGGAGACAUUGACGUGUCAGUUCCAAAAAUAGUUGGUGAAAUGAAAACUCCCAAAGUCAAAAUUGAAGGACAGGAUGUUGACAUUGAGGGCCGCAAAGGAGAAUUUAAAAUGCCUAAAUUCAGCAAGCCAUCCUUGGGGAUUAAAGGUCCUAAAGUGCAGAGUCAGAAAGUUGAUGUUAGCCUCCCAAAAGCUGAUAUUGAUAUAAAAGCCCCUGAAGUGGAUAUUACAGGACCACACAUUAAAACACCUGAGCUUGACAUCAAAGGUCCAUCAGUUGACAUUAAAGGUCCAAAAGGAGGAUUUGAAAUGCCAAAAAUCAAAAUGCCAACAUUUGACAUCAAAGGUCCAAAAGUGGAGGGUCCAGAUGUUGAUAUCAACCUUCCUAAAGGUGGCAUUGAUGUAAAAAUGCCUGAAGUAGAUAUGAAAGCUCCCAAGGUUGACAUAGAAGGACCAGAUGUUGAUAUCGAAGGCCCAGAAGGAGGAUUUAAAAUGCCUAAAUUUGGCUUGCCAAAGUUUGGGUUGAAAGGUCCAAAAGUGGAGGGUCCAGAAAUUGAUGUCAGCCUCCCAAAAGCUGAUAUUGAUAUCAGAGCCCCUGAAGUGGAUAUCAAAGGACCAGAUCUUGACAUUGAGAGUCCAAGUGGUAAAAUCAAGGGACCCAAAAUAAGCAUGCCAAAAAUUUCAGGACCAAAGCUUUCCGCGCCAGAUGUGGAUAUCAAUCUGAGAGGUCCCAAUCUCAAAGGUGAUGUGGAUGUGUCAGUGCCAAAGAUAGAGGGAGACAUUAAAACACCUGAGCUCGACAUCAAAGGUCCACAGGUUGACAUUAAAGGUCCGAAAGGAGGAUUUGAAAUGCCAAAGGUCAAAAUGCCAACAUUUGACAUCAAAGGUCCAAAAGUGGAGGGUCCAGAUGUUGAUAUCAACCUUCCCAAAGGUGGCAUUGAUGUAAAAAUGCCUGAGGUAGAUAUGAAAGCUCCCAAGGUUGAUAUUGAAGGACCAGAUCUUGAUAUCGAAGGCUCAAGAGGAGGAUUUAAAAUGCCUAAAUUUGGCUUGCCAAAGUUUGGGUUGAAAGGUCCAAAAGUGGAGGGUCCAGAAGUUGAUGUCAGCCUCCCAAAAGCUGAUAUUGAUAUCAAAGCCCCUGAAGUGGAUAUCAAAGGACCAGAUCUUGACAUUGAGAGUCCAAGUGGUAAAAUCAAAGGACCCAAAUUCAGCAUGCCAAAAAUUUCAGGACCAAAACUUUCCAUGCCAGAUGUGGAUUUCAAUCUGAGAGGUCCCAAUCUCAAAGGUGAUGUGGAUGUGUCAGUGCCAAAGAUAGAGGGAGACAUUAAAACACCUGAGCUCGACAUCAAAGGUCCACAGGUUGACAUUAAAGGUCCGAAAGGAGGAUUUGAAAUGCCAAAAAUCAAAAUGCCAACAUUUGACAUCAAAGGUCCAAAAGUGGAGGGUCCAGAUGUUGAUAUCAACCUUCCCAAAGGUGGCAUUGAUGUAAAAAUGCCUGAGGUAGAUAUGAAAGCUCCCAAGGUUGAUAUCGAAGGACCAGAUCUUGAUAUCGAAGGCCCAAAAGGAGGAUUUCAUAUGCCUAAAUUUGGCUUGCCAAAGUUUGGGUUGAAAGGUCCAAAAAUGGAGGGUCCAGAUGUUGAUAUCAACCUUCCCAAAGGUGGCAUUGAUGUAAAAAUGCCUGAGGUAGAUAUUAAAGCUCCCAAGGUUGAUAUCGAAGGACCAGAUCUUGAUAUCGAAGGCCCAAAAGGAGGAUUUAAAAUGCCUAAAUUCAGCUUGCCACACUUUGGGUCCAAAGGUCCAAAAGUGGAGGGUCCAGAAGUUGAUGUCAGCCUCCCAAAAGCUGAUAUUGAUAUCAAAGCCCCUGAAGUGGAUAUCAAAGGACCAAAUCUUGACAUUGAGAGUCCAAGUGGUAAAAUCAAAGGACCCAAAUUCAACAUGCCAAAAAUUUCAGGACCAAAACUUUCCAUGCCAGAUGUGGAUUUCAAUCUGAGAGGUCCCAAUCUCAAAGGUGAUGUGGAUGUGUCAGUGCCAAAGAUAGAGGGAGACAUUAAAACACCUGAGCUGGACAUCAAAGGUCCACAGAUUGACAUUAAAGGUCCGAAAGGAGGAUUUGAAAUGCCAAAAAUCAAAAUGCCAACAUUUGACAUCAAAGGUCCAAAAGUGGAGGGUCCAGAUGUUGAUAUCAACCUUCCCAAAGGUGGCAUUGAUGUAAAAAUGCCUGAAGUAGAUAUGAAAGCUCCCAAGGUUGAUAUUGAAGGACCAGAUCUUGAUAUCGAAGGCCCAAAAGGAGGAUUUCAUAUGCCUAAAUUUGGCUUGCCAAAGUUUGGGUUGAAAGGUCCAAAAGUGGAGGGUCCAGAUGUUGAUAUCAACCUUCCCAAAGGUGGCAUUGAUGUAAAAAUGCCUGAAGUAGAUAUGAAAGCUCCCAAGGUUGAUAUCGAAGGACCAGAUCUUGAUAUCGAAGGCCCAAAAGGAGGAUUUCAUAUGCCUAAAUUUGGCUUGCCAAAGUUUGGGUUGAAAGGUCCAAAAGUGGAGGGUCCAGAUGUUGAUAUCAACCUUCCCAAAGGUGGCAUUGAUGUAAAAAUGCCUGAGGUAGAUAUGAAAGCUCCCAAGGUUGAUAUCGAAGGACCAGAUCUUGAUAUCGAAGGCCCAAAAGGAGGAUUUCAUAUGCCUAAAUUUGGCUUGCCAAAGUUUGGGUUGAAAGGUCCAAAAGUGGAGGGUCCAGAUGUUGAUAUCAACCUUCCCAAAGCUGAUAUUGAUAUCAAAGCCCCUGAAGUGGAUAUCAAAGGACCAGAUUUUGACAUUGAGAGUCCAAGUGGUAAAAUCAAAGGACCCAAAUUCAGCAUGCCAAAAAUUUCAGGACCAAAACUUUCCAUGCCAGAUGUGGAUUUCAAUCUGAGAGGUCCCAAUCUCAAAGGUGAUGUGGAUGUGUCAGUGCCAAAGAUAGAGGGAGACAUUAAAACACCUGAGUUCGACAUCAAAGGUCCACAGGUUGACAUUAAAGGUCCGAAAGGAGGAUUUGAAAUGCCAAAAAUCCAAAUGCCAACAUUUGACAUGAAAGGUCCAAAAGUUGAGGGUCACCUUCCCAAAGGUGACAUUAAAGUGCAGGCACCUGACGUUGACAUUAAAGGUCCAGAGGUAGAUAUCCAAGGGCCUAAGGGUGGAUUUGAGAUGCCUAAAAUCAAAAUGCCAUCAAUAUCAGGACCCAAGAUGCCAGAUGUGGAUAUCAGUUUAAAAGGACCCAAGAUAAAGGGAGAUAUCUCAGCUCCAAAGAUUGAGGGAGACAUAAAAACACCUCAAGGUGAGAUUAAAGUUCCUAAUGUGGAAUUUGAAAUUCCCGAGGGAGAACUUAGUGGGCCAAAGGUGAAGUUACCAAAAGUAUCUGGACCAAAAAUAUCUUUGCCAGAUGUUGACAUCAACCUAAAGGGGCCAAAGCUGAAGGGUGACUUGAAAGGAGAUGUUCAACUACCAAAAACAGAAAUUGAAGGACCAGAUGUUACCAUUGAUGUGCCAGAAAUUGGCACAAAGAAAACUAAAUUUAAACUGCCAAAGUUUGGAUUUAAGGGCCCAAAGGUAAAAGGACCCGAAACUGAUGUGAAAAUGGGAAAAGGAGAUAUAAAUAUCAAAGGGAAGACUGGAAGCUCUGAAGGUCUUAAUCUUGAUCUGGGAAUUACUGGUCCGAAAAGUAAGGGUUCAAAAUUCAAGAUGCCAAAAUUUAGUAUGAAAGGAUCAAAGGUUGAAAUGCCAGAAGUUGAUGUCAGCCUCCCAAAGGCUGAUAUUGAUAUCAAAGCCCCUGAAGUGGAUAUCAAAGGACCAGAUCUUGACAUUGAGAGUCCAAGUGGUAAAAUCAAAGGACCCAAAUUCAGCAUGCCAAAACUUUCAGGACCGAAACUUUCCAUGCCAGAUGUGGAUUUCAAUCUGAAGGGUCCCAAUCUCAAAGGUGAUGUGGAUGUGUCAGUGCCAAAGAUAGAGGGAGACAUUAAAACACCUGAGCUCGACAUCAAAGGUCCACAGGUUGACAUUAAAGGUCCAAAAGGAGGAUUUGAAAUGCCAAAAAUCAAAAUGCCAACAUUUGACAUCAAAGGUCCAAAAGUGGAGGGUCCAGAUGUUGAUAUCAACCUUCCCAAAAGUGGCAUUGAUGUAAAAAUGCCUGAGGUAGAUAUGAAAGCUCCCAAGGUUGAUAUCGAAGGACCAGAUCUUGAUAUCGAAGGCCCAAAAGGAGGAUUUCAUAUGCCUAAAUUCGGCUUGCCAAAAUUUGGGUUGAAAGGACCAAAACUGGAGGGUCCAGAUGUUGAUAUCAAUCUUCCCAAAGGUGGCAUUGAUGUAAAAAUGCCUGGAGUAGAUAUGAAAGCUCCCAAGGUUGAUAUCGAAGGACCAGAUCUUGAUAUCGAAGGCCCAAAAGGAGGAUUUCAUAUGCCUAAAUUUGGCUUGCCAAAGUUCGGGUUGAAAGGUCCAAAAGUGGAGGGUCCAGAAGUUGAUGUCAGCCUCCCAAAAGCUGAUAUUGAUAUCAAAGCACCUGAAGUGGAUAUCAAAGGACCAGAUCUUGACAUUGAGGGUCCAAGUGGUAAAAUCAAAGGACCCAAAUUCAACAUGCCAAAAAUUUCAGGACCAAAACUUUCCAUGCCAGAUGUUGAUUUUAAUCUGAGAGGUCCCAAUCUCAAAGGUGAUGUGGAUGUGUCAGUGCCAAAGAUAGAGGGAGACAUUAAAACACCUGAGCUUGACAUCAAAGGUCCACAGGUUGACAUCAAAGGUCCAAAAGGAGGAUUUGAAAUGCCAAAAAUCAAAAUGCCAACAUUUGACAUGAAAGGUCCAAAAGUGGAGGGUCCAGAUGUUGACAUCAACCUUCCCAAAGGUGGCAUUGAUGUAAAAAUGCCUGAGGUAGAUAUGAAAGCUCCCAAGGUAGAUAUUGAAGGACCAGAUCUUGAUAUCGAAGGCCCAAAAGGAGGAUUUAAAAUGCCUAAAUUCGGCUGGCCAAAGUUUGGGUGGAAAGGCCCAAAGGUGGAGGGCCCAGAAGUUGAUGUCAGCCUCCCAAAAGCUGAUAUUGAUAUCAAAGCCCCUGAAGUGGAUAUCAAAGGACCAGAUCUUGACAUUGAGAGUCCAAGUGGUAAAAUCAAAGGACCCAAAUUCAACAUGCCAAAAAUUUCAGGACCAAAACUUUCCAUGCCAGAUGUGGAUUUCAAUAUGAGAGGUCCCAAUCUCAAAGGUGAUGUGGAUGUGUCAGUGCCAAAGAUAGAGGGAGACAUUAAAACACCUGAGUUUGACAUCAAAGGUCCACAGGUUGACAUUAAAGGUCCAAAAGGAGGAUUCGAAAUGCCAAAAAUCAAAAUGCCAACAUUUGACAUGAAAGGUCCACAAGUGGAGGGUCCAGAUGUUGAUAUCAACCUUCCCAAAGGUGGCAUUGAUGUAAAAAUGCCUGAACUAGAUAUGAAAGCUCCCAAGGUUGAUAUUGAAGGACCAGAUCUUGAUAUCCAAGGCCCAAAAGGAGGAUUUCAUAUGCCUAAAUUUGGCUUGCCAAAGUUUGGGUUGAAAGGUCCAAAGGUGGAGGGUCCAGAUGUUGAUAUCAACCUUCCCAAAGGUGGCAUUGAUGUAAAAAUGCCUGAACUCGACAUGACAGCUCCCAAGGUUGAUAUUGAAGGACCAGAUCUUGAUAUCGAAGGCCCAAAAGGAGGAUUUCAUAUGCCUAAAUUUGGCUUGCCAAAGUUUGGGUUGAAAGGUCCAAGAGUGGAGGGUCCAGAUGUUGAUAUCAACCUUCCCAGAGGUGGCAUUGAUGUAAAAAUGCCUGAACUAGACAUGACAGCUCCCAAGGUUGAUAUCGAAGGACCAGAUCUUGAUAUCGAAGGCCCAAAAGGAGGAUUUCAUAUGCCUAAAUUCGGCUUGCCAAAGUUUGGGUUGAAAGGUCCAAAAGUGGAGGGUCCAGAAGUUGAUGUCAGCCUCCCAACAGCUGAUAUUGAUAUCAAAGCCCCUGAAGUGGAUAUCAAAGGACCAGAUCUUGACAUUGAGAGUCCAAGUGGUAAAAUCAAAGGACCCAAAUUCAACAUGCCAAAAAUUUCCGGACCAAAACUUUCCAUGCCAGAUAUGGAUUUCAAUCUGAGAGGUCCCAAUCUCAAAGGUGAUGUGGAUGUGUCAGUGCCAAAGAUAGAGGGAGACAUUAAAACGCCUGAGCUCGACAUCAAAGGUCCACAGGUUGACAUUAAAGGUCCGAAAGGAGGAUUUGAAAUGCCAAAAAUCAAAAUGCCAACAUUUGACAUCAAAGGUCCAAAAGUGGAGGGUCCAGAUGUUGAUAUCAACCUUCCCAAAGGUGGCAUUGAUGUAAAAAUGCCUGAAGUAGAUAUUAAAGCUCCCAAGGUUGAUUUUGAAGGACCAGAUCUUGAUAUCGAAGGCCCAAAAGGAGGAUUUCAUAUGCCUAAAUUUGGCUUGCCAAAGUUUGGGUUGAAAGGUCCAAAAGUGGAGGGUCCAGAAAUUGAUGUCAGCCUCCCAAAAGCUGAUAUUGAUAUCAAAGCCCCUGAAGUGGAUAUCAAAGGACCAGAUCUUGACAUUGAGAGUCCAAGUGGUAAAAUCAAAGGACCCAAAUUCAACAUGCCAAAAAUUUCAGGACCAAAACUUUCCAUGCCAGAUAUGGAUUUCAAUCUGAGAGGUCCUAAUCUCAAAGGUGAUGUGGAUGUGUCAGUGCCAAAGAUAGAGGGAGACAUUAAAACACCUGAGUUUGACAUCAAAGGGCCACAGGUUGACAUUAAAGGUCCGAAAGGAGGAUUUGAAAUGCCAAAAAUCCAAAUGCCAACAUUUGACAUAAAAGGUCCAAAAGUGGAGGGUCCAGAUGUUGAUAUCAACCUUCCCAAAGGUGGCAUUGAUGUAAAAAUGCCUGAACUAGAUAUGAAAGCUCCUAAGGUUGAUUUUGAAGGACCAGAUCUUGAUAUCGAAGGCCCAAAAGGAGGAUUUCAUAUGCCUAAAUUUGGCUUGCCAAAGUUUGGGUUGAAAGGUCCAAAAGUGGAGGGUCCAGAAGUUGAUGUCAGUCUCCCAAAAGCUGAUAUUGAUAUCAAAGCCCCUGAAGUAGAUAUCAAAGGACCAGGUCUUGACAUUGAGAGUCCAAGUGGUAAAAUCAAAGGACCCAAAUUCAACAUGCCAAAAAUGUCCGGACCAAAACUUUCCAUGCCAGAUGUGGAUUUCAAUCUGAGAGGUCCUAAUCUCAAAGGUGAUGUGGAUGUGUCAGUGCCAAAGAUAGAGGGAGACAUUAAAACACCUGAGUUUGACAUCAAAGGUCCACAGGUUGACAUUAAAGGUCCGAAAGGAGGAUUUGAAAUGCCAAAAAUCCAAAUGCCAACAUUUGACAUGAAAGGUCCAAAACUGGAGGGUCCAGAUGUUGAUAUCAACCUUCCCAAAGGUGGCAUUGAUGUAAAAAUGCCUGAACUAGAUAUUAAAGCUCCCAAGAUUGAUAUCGAAGGACCAGAUGUUGAUAUCGAAGGCCCAAAAGGAGGAUUUCAUAUGCCUAAAUUUGGCUUGCCAAAGUUUGGGUUGAAAGGUCCAAAAGUGGAGGGUCCAGAAGUUGAUGUCAGCCUCCCAAAAGCUGAUUUUGAUAUCAAAGCCCCCGAAGUUGAUAUCAAAGGACCAGAUCUUGACAUUGAGAGUCCAAGUGGUAAAAUCAAAGGACCCAAAUUCAGCAUGCCAAAAAUUUCAGGACCAAAACUUUCCAUGCCAGAUGUGGAUUUCAAUCUGAGAGGUCCCAAUCUCAAAGGUGAUGUGGAUGUGUCAGUGCCAAAGAUAGAGGGAGACAUUAAAACACCUGAGCUCAACAUCAAAGGUCCAUCUGUUGACAUUGAAGGUCCACAAGGAGGAUUUGAAAUGCCAAAAAUCAAAAUGCCAUCACUUGGCUUGAAAGGUCCAAAGUUGGAGGGCCCAAGCGUUGACAUAAAUCUUCCCAAAUCCAACAUUGAUGUUAAAGCACCUCAUGUUGAUUAUAACCUAAAAGGAAAGAUGGAUGCAUCAGCACCCAAACUGGAUGCAGAUAUCAAAGGUCCAAGUACUAACAUUGCAGUACCCACCAUCACAAUGGAAGGUUUGUCCGUUGAUCCUGUAAAGACAGGUGUUACAUUUCCCAAGUUUAAAGGUCCUAAGUUUGGAAUGAAAUCUCCAGAAGUUGAGGGGAAGACACCCACGUUCAGUGUCGGAGUGAAAGGUCCCAAAACAGAAGUUAGUCUCCCAGAUAACGAAGCAAGUCUUGAUGCCCCAGAUAUUAAUAUCAAUGUAAAGGGCAAAAAGGGGAAAUUCAAACUUCCCAAAGGAAAAGGAAAGGUAAAGAAACCUGAUGUUGACAUAGAAACACCAGCAGUAGACCUAGAUGUAGACACACCCCAUUUUCAUGUCAAAGGAACAAAGGUAAAGAAGCCUCUUUUUGGUAAGCUUCAUUUCCCUGAUGUGGAAUUAGAUAUUAAAUCACCAAAGUUAAAAGGAGAUGGAUCUUUUUCAGAGGGAUUCAGAUCACCUGAUACAGAUUUUCCAUCUGCUAGCUUGAACACCGCUAUUGAGGGCUCUGGUAUUGGCGGUCCAAAUGUGAACGUUUCCACUUCUGAUAUUGAUGCAAAUCUAAACAGACAAGGAGAGGUUUCCAUGUCUGCUGGUUUUAAAGGCCCAAAAAUAAAUGUGAAGGGUAGUGCAGAGGUUGGUGCAAGUGCUUCAGGGGGGAGUGCAAGUGGUGGCCUUCAUUACCCAGAAGGUACAGUAACAUUUCCCAAAAUCAAGGUACCAAAAUUUGGUAUUGCUCUGCCUCAGUUGGAAGGCCAGGGACAUGGAGGAAAUGUUGAAUCAGCUAGUGGAGGCAUAAACAUACAGUCUCCAUCUGUAAGUUGCCAAGUCAGUUCACAAAAUAUUGAGGUUCCCAGUCCAGAGCUGAGGCACAGUGAAGGAAAGGUUAAGGUAAAGAUGCCAAAAUUGUUUGGGAAAUCAAAAGCAAAGGGCAGUAGUGCAGGUGACCUUCGGGGACCAGAGGUAGAAUUGAGUACGAGUGGAAAAGGUGGUAAGGUACAUGCAGGAGAACUGAUGGGUGGAAAAUUAGAAUUAGAGGGUGAUCCUGGGCUGAGUGUGUCAACGAAAAGCAAGUCAGCCUCAUUGGAUCUAUUUCAGAGAUCACGGCAUCGGUCUUCUUCCGAUGAGGGGGGCCUUGCAGGUAGUUCUCCUUCAGCUCACCUAGAAGCUGAGGGUGGCGACAUUUCAUUAGACCUAGGAGGAAGCAAGGCCAAAGGAAAGAAAGGCAAGUUGAAGUUUGGCACCUUUGGAGGAUUUGGUUCAAAGUCAAAGGGCUCAUAUGAAGUGUCACUUGGUGAGGAAAGUGAAGCAGGCGUUUCUCUACCCUCUAAAAAAUCGAGACUGUCGUCAUCUUCCAGCAGUGACAGUGGUUCAAGAGGUGGUUUCAGGUUCCCAAGACUUGAACUUUCUGUCUCACCAAAAAAAUGAUUAAAUAUGAGGCAAGUUAAACUCUCUCGUGUACACCCACAUACACUUUUCUGAUACGGCAAUUUUUUCAGUCUAAAGCUUUUUAAAACCUAAGGAGGUGUACAGCCAUCUCAACUUUGUUAACUAUGAGUACUUUGUUUUCAGUAAUUAGACAGGAGUGCAUGAGAUUGUUUAAAAUCCCUUCAAACUGUAAAUAAGAUUAAUUUGUAUUGUAAUAAUAAAUGUUUUUUGUACAUAGUCCAGAUUUAUUGAACAUAUGCCAUCUCACCAAAUUUUCAUCAACAGUUUAUUACAGGGUUUACCUUUUUGUCCUAUUUCAUUCUUUUAAAUGAAUGUUAUUAAUGAACGGGUGUGGUAUAUUUUUAUCCAGGGGUCUAUUGCACAGAACAGAUAGUAACAACAGUAAUUUUGAAGGAAAAUGUUGCUUAUACAUCCAGACACAAAUAUAAACAGUUACCGUUUUUUAUGUAAGAAAUUAUUUUAUUUUCAAGCUUGAUAUUAUAUAAUCAAUGCAGAAGCAUAUUUAGGCAACAUAGAGCUGGCCCUUUGUAAUACAUUCUAAAGAGUAAUGGUGUUGUACAUACCAUAAUUGCAAAGACAAUCGCUGUUUGGAAACUAUAAAUCUCUCUGAAGUGCUGUCAGUACUUUUCUGUUCAUUUUUAAGAAACUUUAUUCACCCUCUGAUUUUGUGCCAUUUACCAAAAAAUAUGCAUUGUUUCAUUUGUUUUAAACAUGUUUUGUUUCCUAAUCCUGUCAUUUUCAUUUUUACCUGUUUUAUGAUCCUCAGUAUUUUAUUUCAUGUCACUCUCUCUUUGUACACAAACCUUAUGAUAAUGUAAAAAAAUGUCACAAAUAAACUGUCACUUUUUGAUUGCAACAAAAUUUGUGUUGAUAGAGAGUUGCAUAGUUUUGACCAGAUGUGAUCGAGAUAGAGCAUGAUUCUUUGGGUCUAUUCUUUUGUGUGCAUUCUGCCAAAUAAACUAAAUAAAAGAUUUAUAUAAUUUA